AUCCUAAGCCAACAGUUGUUCAGAUAGAUUGUUAAAUGGGAAUAAAGGGUAAAAAUUAAUUGAUGUUCCAAAACAAAUUCGCUUUAAAAAUGACAAGUAACGAACGGCUCCUGAAGGCAUCAUCGUCAGGGGGAACAAUUCUAAAGAGGAACAAAUGUUCACGCAAGUGCAGCCAAGGGACAGAUAUCGCAGUUACACCAGAAGACUUCCGGAUCAGUUGUUCAUGUUAUGAAGUAAUGAACAUCUGGGAACAUUUUAAAUUCAAAUGAAGUACGUUAAAUGUGAAGUGUGUGCUCGGUAGAGACAAACAGGUCAAAUGGAUAAAAAUGUUGUGGUAGCGGAGAUAGAGGAGAUAGACUGGGGCGGAAGUAGAGCUGAAGACGGGGACACUGUGAACAAGACCAAAACAUUAUCAAGUAAUGUCCACGACGGUCUACCCAAUCCACUUACGGAUCCUGUGAAAUGUUCUUUCAUAAAAGGAGACUAUCUGUACUUCCAUUAUGGCUGUGAUGGACAGGAUGACAGAGGCUGGGGGUGUGGCUACCGCACCGUUCAGACGAUGGCUUCCUGGCUUUGCCGUAACUACUUUCCAUUUAAGGACAAACACAGAGCUCCACCAAGCCUCCACGAAAUGCAGCAAGCCUUGGUCACCAUGGGAGACAAACCGGCCUCGUUCUCGUGCUCCAGGGAGUGGAUAGGAACAUUUGAAGCCUCCCUGAUCCUUGACUGUUACUAUAAUGUUCCCUGUAAAUUGGUGCAUGUCAGAGGUGGAGGGGCAGAGCUGGAGCAUGUUGCAGUGGAAGAGCUCCAUCGGCACUUUGAGAAGCAUGGAUCUCCAGUCAUGAUGGGAGGGGACAGGGACAACUCCUCUAAGGGGAUAUUAGGGGUGUGCACUGGGGACAAUGGGAGCUACUUGCUAGUUGUUGACCCUCACUACUAUGGAGGUCCUCUGGAGAAGACCGAGCUGCAGAAGCGGGGGUGGGUGGCGUGGAAAAGAGUGUCAUCUCUAGAUCAGUCUUCAUUUUAUAAUCUGUGCAUGCCUCAGACUGCCAACAAAGGAACAUAAACUCAGUGACAGUCCUAUUUCUGUAAAUUACAAUAUAAGGACUAAUUGUGAAGAAAAGCUAUAGAAAGUGUCUUAUUAGGAUAGACUUUGUACUGAGCUGUAAUGCCAUCCUGUGGAUGAAAUCAAUAAUUGCAAUGUAUUUGUGACAAAACAAUUUGAUGAACUUUUUUUUCAUAAUUGCUAUUCAUUAUUAAAAUGAAGUUAAUC